AUGCAGCUUCCGGAGAAAGUUGAGGAAUUUGCCAAAUCCCCCAAAGAAGCCCGUCUGCAAAAACCCCCACACUGUUCUCCCUCUCAAAUGGGACCCCCUCAGGGAGGCCAUUCAGAAACGGGGCCCCCGGGAGAACCCCUGCAAGCACUCGAGCGACAAUUGAAACUUCUGGGCCCUGGGCGGGGCGCGAACCGGGGCCCCCCGGGGCUGAACCUAUCCUUACCCGCCGGGUGCCCAGCCCCAGCAGUAACCCCAGACAAAUUUGAAAUUCUCGCGCCGGGGCGGGCGCGAACCGCCGACCCUGGGAUGAGGGGGCCGACACGUUACCACUGUAUGCCCGGACUUAAUAGACACAGCCGGGGCUCCCCUUCAUGGCAUACCCCGGGCAUAAGGAUAACCGAUGUGCGAAGCUUACCCCCCCCGGGAAAAUGCCAGGGGGGAACCCGGCAUUGUCGACUAAUGCCGCUCGCUCCGUGGGGCCCCGGUGCUGACUCGGCUGAACCUAGUCCUUACCCGCCUUGGUGCCCAGCCAAGAGUAAACCCCCGGGCGACGUUGCAACUUUUUUGGGGGGAGACCCCCUUGGAUGA